CUGGAGUUUGUUUUAUUGACUGAAUUUUUUAAGAUUUUUUAAUGACAUUUGUUGGUGGGGGGGGUGGUGUUUUAUGUUUGAAGCGAUCAGUAGAAUACCAGGGAACUCAAUGAGAAUUUUGAGGCCCACUGAAUUUCAGAAAGACUGGUGCUUUAGAUAACUUUUUCUUAUAACCAAGAUGUAUUGGUGUAUGAAACCAUGUGCAAUUCUAUGUAAGUGGCAUUCAGCUGUUUGAGCUCUUUUCAAAUUGUCACUGGUUGGUAAAUAAUAAGGUGAAUGGGGUACAUCCAAACUGUAUUACAUUUAACAGUUUAAUAAUUAUGUGUAAACCCGGCCUGCCCCACUGAUAUAUAGUCACUCUAGUAAUGAGGCACAAAUAUUAUUUAAUCAGUCAUGGAGAUGGGCUUGACAUUUGAAAGACGUAAAGAGAGCUAGUCCUUGACUUCUCAUUCUGCUUCUAAGAACCGAUCAGUUAGUAAACAACCCCCUGAGUUAAUGGCUGGGUUUGGAGGAGUUAAUGUCCUUCUGAUAGUAAACUGCUUGUCCAGGAUAUUCCAGAGUCUGCAUUUCAUCUGAAGUGAAUUUUAAAGAUAAAACAGGACUCCUCUUCCAUUGACAAAACUGGGCACAACUAUGGAAGAACUGGAAAGGCUCAACAAAGAAAUUGAAUCUGUCAAGACCGAGGUUGAAGAAAAGCAGAAGAGGCUCUCCAAGUUUACUUUAACACUGGAAGAGCUACCUCGAAGCCACCUUGCCUCCUUGAGUGACACAAAUUUGAGGCAAGAUUUUCUUGAAUAUAAUAGCCUGCUUCAAAAGGAAAAGUGGAACGAACCAUCAAAGAACAAAGAGAGUCAGCCUAGAAAGUAUGUGCUGGACCACAGAUGUCCAGCAACAGAUCUUGAAUAUGAUCCCUUGCUCAAUUAUUCUGCAGGGCUGCUUGGCGCAUCGAAAGCAAGGCAGGAUGAGACUGACACACAGCACCUCUGCCACUUGAAAAAAUCUGGAGGGGAAAAUUGCCACAAGUCCCAAGAGAGCCAAAGACCUUAUGUUUCACCAAUAAGAAUUACAAUAAAUCUUCAAGAAUCUGAUGAAGAUGACCUUGUAAUGGAUGUACCUCCAGUCAUGCCUGUUUCUAAAAAAUCUAAACCUUUGAGAGGCUUCAAAUAUCCGAAUAUGGACAAAAGGAUACAUAUAAUGUCCUCAGAGGAGAGAAAUCUUCAAAUUAGUGGUACGGAAGAGGAAACUCUGGAGAAAACCCAGCUAACCACACAAAGAGAUGAUGACGGAAACAAAUUGGAACCACCAAAACGGCUCAUGCAAGGCUCACUAGAUAUUAAAAGUAACGUAAACUUGUAUGGUGUUAAAAACCACAUUUCUAAGAUGGGAAGCUUUGGUGGUGAGGAAAACUGUGUCUCUGUUUCAGAAGAAAGCAUAACUUGUGCACCUCUCAGUGACAAAGAAAUACAGAACAGAAUUUGUAAUGAGAGGUAUCCACAGAGCAAAAAAUACACAAAAACAAUUUAUGAUACUCAAAAUGAGGAAAGUGAAUGUCAGUAUUCAGACCAGCCCGAAAUCUGUUACUCAGACGAGCAUGCAGAAGACAAAAUGCUGAAAGGACAAGAUAAUAGUCAAGACUGCACUACUUUUGAAGACCGCAUAUUAGUUGACUGUGAUUCUGAUAAGGAGCAUACUGAAGAGGACACUCCCUCGGAUUCGGAUGACACUAGGAAGGAAUGUCUUCGAAUCUUCACUGAGUUCACAGAAAGUGAGGCUUGUGGAGAGACUACUAAACAGGCUUCAGGAAAGCAAAUGGAAUUAGAGAUGUUGUCUUAUCAAAACAUUUCUGGACCAAAAAAGAGAAUUGCACACAUUGCCAAGUUUGAUGUUCCAGCCAGUAAAGAGAUCAUUAGCCCAUUGAGGGAGCCCGUUCCUCCACUAAUUAGUCACCCUGGAAUCCUUCGGGCCCAGCAACAGGCUGUGCAGAUAAUGGCUGACAUAAGGAGUGGGCAGGCUUUUCUUGCAGCCCCUUCAGAACAGAAGAAAACAAUGUUUGCGUGUCCGAUCUCUCAGACCCAAAGGAAAGCAUCUGAAGAAAAUUCGCUUACAACAAACAGCCUUCAUCUGGAUGUGGUUCUAUCAAGGGAAAAGCCAACUGCAAAGCCAAGCAAAUCACACAUUCCUGUGAAAAGUAUUGCUUCUUUCGCUGUGAAGAUGCCGAAAUGCAAGCUGGCUCAUCGGAAGCGGGCUUUGGUCACGCCAGAAUCCUCUUCCAAAGUCCCUGAGGAAGUGAGACAACGCUAUGUCAACCUCUUUGUUGAGAAGUAUUUGGGAGUUUAUGAAACAGAGGAUGAGGCUCUUAACAAGGCUAAAAUAGAAGAAAAGGCCAUUUAUGAACGCUGUGGCGGUAGGAAUAUGUAUGUGAACAUAGCAAUAAGUACUCUUAAGAAGCUGAGACAAGAUGUGUCUGGAAGCAGUAACAACAAAACAACUGGAUUGAAAAAGAAUGAAAAGAGAAGUGCACUCACAGGAAUUACUCUCUACAGACAUCUGAAAGACUACCUUCUAACAGAAGAACAGUUGCAUGAAAAUAACUAUCCCCAACCCAACCCUGACAAACCAGGAAGUAUUCUUUUAACCCCGGGCAUGACAAAAGCUCUUGUGAAUGCCACGUCUAGGAAGAUAUGUUGUCGUUGUGGGAAAAUAUAUGGUGUGACGCCCGCAGGCAAGCACAGCAGGGUGGAAGAAUGUAACUACCACUUUGGCCCCGUGCUGCGUCAUAAAGUCCUCGGUGGCUUAGAGACACGGUACAGCUGUUGUGAAGGUGUCCUUGGAUCUGCCGGGUGUCAGGUCGCCAAGCUUCACGUUCAUGACCAGAAAGAAAACACAGAGGGCUUCGUGCAGACUUUUGUCAAGUGCCCACUGCCUGACAGUAAUCCCGGUGUAUUUGCUGUGAAUUGUGAGGUGUGCUAUACUGCCAAAGGUUUGGAACUCACUCAAGUGACCGUGGUUGAUCCCAGCCUCCAGGUGGUCUAUGAUACAUUUGUGAAACCAGAUGAAGAAGUCAUUGACUACAACACCAGGUUUUCCGGUGUGGUCGAAGAUGACCUGAAGAACACUAAAACAUCAAUCCGUGAUGUCCAAGCCAUCCUGUUGAACCUGUUCAGUGCCGACACUGUACUAAUUGGACAUAGCUUUGAACAUAAUCUGUAUGCUCUUAAGCUGAUUCAUACUUCAGUUGUGGACACAACAGUUCUGUUUCCUCAUCGGCUAGGCUUGCCUCACAGAAGAUCCCUCAAGAGUCUAGUGGCUGACCACCUGCAGAGAAUCAUUCAGGACAAUGGUCACGAUUCAAGGGAAAAUGCAACUGCCUGCAUGGAACUGGUUCUCUGGAAGGUAAAAGAAGACCUGAAAGGAAAGAAGUAAUCCCUUUGCCUGAGCAUAUCUUCAACCCUGCAGUGUUGUUUCAGUGAUGUCUCUGCUGCUGGCAAUAGAGUUGGGUCUGUGAUGGUAUGAACUUU